GUGUCAUUUCUUAUGCAUGAAUAAAAAGGCGGAUGUAAAGAAGAAUUAACAAGAAAAACAGGAAGGAAAAAGAAGUAGCAAUAAGCAGAAGGCCUUUGAGUUAAUUAGUGUACGUGCGGGCUAGCUUGAGAUUUCUUAAGUGAACAAAUAAUAAUUUGGUGACUGUUGUGUGAGAUCAAGCGUCGGAAGCUCGUUGAGAAGGCAUUUGAACUUUUAUUUCCACAGUUUGAACUCCAAUUUAUUGUAUGAGUCAAAAAAUUGAAAGACCAGUACUAUCAGGUCAGCGCAUCAAGACCAGAAAAAGAGAUGAAAGAGAGAAAUAUGACCCAACGGGAUUCCGUGACGCGGUCAUUGCUGGUCUCGAAAAAACUGAAGGUGACUUGGAACAAAUCUCUAAAUAUUUAGACAGCGCUGGUAACAAACUCGACUACCGUCGCUACGGCGAAGUACUAUUUGAUAUAUUAAUUGCUGGAGGUCUCUUAGUUCCGGGAGGAUCAAUCUCUCAGGAUGGCGAGAAGCCCCGCACAAGUUAUUGCAUAUUCGAAGCAAAUGAAGACAUUGAGACGAUGCGCAGUCAUGAGCAGGUGUUUGUCAAGCUCAUGCGUCGAUAUAAGUACUUGGAGAAGAUGUUUGAAGAGGAAAUGAAGAAGGUGUUGGUAUUCAUUAAAGGUUUUACUCCAAGUGAACGCACCAAACUUGCGCGUAUGACAGCGCUCUGGUUAGUUAAUGGUUCUGUGCCCCCAAAUGUUCUGUUGGUACUGAACAACGAACAUUUGAUUAAAGAUGGCAUUGCUCUCGACUUCCUUAUCGAGGUAUUUGUCGCUUUCAAAAUAGAGAAGGGCAUGGCAUAUCUGGUACAAGCUCUCAAAAAGGGUGGACUUGAAAGCAAACUAAUGGACUUUUUCCCACCAAACAAACGUACUGAAGAAUAUUUAAAGCAAGUUUUUCUUGAAAAAGAUCUAGCCGAAAUUAUAAAAUUACACAAAGCACAGGCCAGUCAAGAGGCCAAGCGUGAACUCCAACAAACGCUUAUCGAUGAUAUUAACGACGAGAAGGCACACUCCGAAAUCACAGUAGACAUUAAGGAAUUCGCUCUGCGAAAUAACAUUCCCGAUCACGAGAUUAUAAUCAUAAUUUGGUCGACUAUAAUGUCGCUCGGUGAAUGGAACAAGAAGGAAGAGUUGGUCACCGACCAAGCGGUGCGUCAUCUCAAAGCCUAUUGUCCAUUGUUGCAGGCUUUCGCCACAACUGAUCGCUCUGAGUUGGCUUUAAUUUUGAAAGUACAGGAAUUCUGCUAUGAAAACAUGAACUUUAUGAAGGCCUUCCAAAAGAUCAUAUUGCUAUUCUACAAAACCGAAGUAAUAUCAGAAGAGAGCAUACUCCGGUGGUACAAAGAUGCUCACUCCAACAAGGGUAAAAUGCAUUUCCUAGAACAAAUGCGUAAAUUUGUCGAAUGGCUGCAAUCAGCUGAAGAAGAAUCUGAAUCCGAAGAUGAACAAAAGGCACAAAGUAAUGGUGAAUAACAUAAUGUCAUGGACAUUAUAAUUUGGAGAGGAUUUUAAGAUGCAGCAAAUGAACCGCAUUGUACCGUUAUUCUCUUACGAGAAUAGUUCUAAUUAAAAGAUGAAGAUGAAAAGUAACCAACCACCUCCACCUCUUCCUGCUCCUAUAACAACGACUCUAUCGACGAUUGCAUAAACUGGCAGAUAACAAUAUAAAAUCAUAAUCUACAUACACAUACCAUCAAGUAUACAUAUAUACACAGCAUAUAAGAUGAAUCAUUUCUCACAUUAUAGCAAAAUGUUUACAAAUAUGUUUUUAACAUACAAAAAAUGGAAAAAGCAAUUAAAAUAUACUAUAUUAUACAUUAAA